CAAAAUAAACACUAUAUUACAGCAAAAUGGCGGAUGAAGAAGAUCCUUGGGGGUUCGACGAUGGCGGUGAUGCUGGUGAUGCAAAAGCCUCACAACCUGGUUCCACUGACGCUGCACCAUCAAAAGCAGAGAGCGUAAAAUCAGAGCCGCGAUCCGAAGCAGUUCUGGCAGCGACUCCUGGUGCGGAACAGGAACAAGAAAAUAUUGUCGAGGCUGAAGUUGAAAUUAAGGCACCCCCACCACCACCCGAAGAUGAUGGCUACAGGAAACCAGUUCAGCUAUAUCGUCAUUGGGUCAGGCCGAAGUUUCUGCAGUACAAAUACAUGUACAAUUACAGAACCAAUUAUUAUGACGAUGUAAUUGAUUAUCUUGACAAAAAGCAGGUUGGAGUCACUCGGGACAUCCCCAGACCGCAAACUUGGGCAGAACGUGUGCUUCGGACACGAAAUAUCAAUGGAAGCGAUAUUGAAUCUUUUGUUCCUACAAAGCGGGAUAAGCAAUUAAUUCAAACAUUGGCUGCAUCAAUUCGAACUUAUAAUUACCAUACUAAAGCAUAUAUUAAUCAGAAAUAUGCAAGUGUUCUUUAAAUUGAUUAUACAACUGCCAAUAUAUUGAGAACUGAAAAGUUAUGUUUGAUUAUUAUCAUAGGAUGUGGACAUAGGAAUUUUGUAUAUACAUAUGUACAUAUAAAUAUUUAAUUACAUUCAUAAUUUGAUAGCCCAAA